AUGUGCCACAAAGCCAUCUCUCAAUGUGCUCCUGGAAUCCAUGCUUUCCUGCUGGCUGUGCCCAGUGGCACCUUAACCAAUGAAGACAAGGAGGAGUUACAGUGGAUUCAGACCAUCUUUGGUCACCAUGUAAAUAGUUACAUCAUGAUCCUCUGCACAGAUGUAUCAAGUCCUCAAGAUCUGGAUGCUGACAAAAUGAAGAUGCUGGAACAGCAGUUCCCUAAAGGUUGUACUGUACUUACCCAGAAGGGUGAAAAAGAGGAGACAUUCAACAUGUUGAAGAAGAUCAGUAAAAAAUCAGAUAAGUGCUUCACAAUUGACAUGUACGUGGAGGCUCAAAUACAGGAAAGAGUCAGGCUACAUGGGGAAAACAAGAAGUUGAAGAUGAAGAUGAAACAACUUCACAGUUCACAAGAUACAUUGGACCGCAACAUAGAUUGUCUCAGGAUUGUGCUGAUUGGGAAGACAGGAGUUGGGAAGAGUGCAGCAGGAAACACCAUCUUGGGAAAGAAAGCUUUCAAAACUGCUGCUUCGUCUACAUCAGUGACCGUAUGUUGUACAAAAGGAACAUCAAUAGUAAAUGGCCAAGCUGUUGCUGUUGUUGAUACACCAGGGCUGUUUGACACUGUUGUCUCCAAUGAAGAGGUCAAGAAAGAAAUACUGAAGUGUGUCAGUUACUUGUCUCCAGGGCCACAUGUCUUCCUGUUGGUUCUUGCUAUCGGCAGUAGGAUGACAGCGGAAGAAAAAGAAACGGUGAAUCUCAUCAAAGAAGCGUUUGGAACCAGUGCUGAGAAAUUUAUCAUUAUCCUUUUCACAAAAGAGGAUCAACUGGAUGAGCUUUCAUUUGAAGACUACAUCAGUAACAGUGAUCCUGAAGUUACGAAGCUUCUUAAUGAUUGUGGUGGACGUUUCCAUGCGUUCAACAACAAAAUGGGAGAUAACCCUAAACAGGUGACUGAUCUCAUAGAAAAAAUCAACACGCUGGUGAACAACAAUGGUGGAUCUUGCUACACCAAUGAAAUGUUUGAAAUGGCUGAAAACGCAAUUAAGGAAAAGUAUGAAAAACUAAUGAGGGAGAGGGAGGAAGAAAUUCAGAGGGAGAAGGAGCAACUACAGUCCAAGUUUGAGAAGGAAUUAAGAGUGAUGAUGGAGGAAAAGACAAGAGAACUAGAGAGGGAGAGAAAAGAGAGAGAUAUUAUGCUGAGUGAAAAGGAAGAAUAUAUAAAUGAACUGAAGAAAAAGGAUGAAGAAGAGAGGAGGGCAAUGGAAGCAGAGGACAAUCAGAGGAGACAAAAUGAGUUAGCCCAGAGACAGGAGUGGACUGAGACCUUUGAAGAAUUGCAGAAGAAACAUCAGUCACAGAAAGAAGACUGGGAGAGAGAACACCAAAGACGACUGGAUGAAGAAAAACAGAGAGCUGAAAGAGAACACCAGGAAUGGAAAGAAAGAGAAGAAAAGCAAAAACAUGAAUUUGAUAGAAGACAAGAAGCAGAGAGGAGGGAAAGAGACAGAGAUGAAAGGAUUAGAAGGGAAAAAGAAGAAAAGGAGAAAAUUACUCUGGAGGAAAGAGUGAAGGAGGCUGAAAAGAUGACAGCAAAAGUCCGUGAACACAGAAUUGAAGAGUUGAAGAAAUGGGAGGAUAUGAUGUGA